UGGCGACUAUGCCAAAAGAAUUAUAGUUCAGUCUUCUUCUGAGAAAAAUGCCGGUAUUUCAGCAACAGAAACUGCUUUUUCAAAUCAGACUCCUAGUUCUCCAGCUGCUCUGAAAAGAUGUCACGCAGCUUGAGCUUCGAAUCGCCGGAUGUGGAGAAGGACUUUCCGGGGCUGUAUGCCUCGGAACGACAGCCUCCGGAUGCUACAAUAGGUGAAGAGCCAGAGCGACCCAAGAAGCGGGAAGGGGGCCUCCUAUCAAAGAAAAAGGAGAAGAAAAAGGACAAAGAUAGAGGUUACAGCAUGUUCGAGGCUGAAGAAUCUGAGGAAGAACAGCUCAUUCUGGUGGGAGAUGACGUGAAGAGUCCAUCUCGAGGGUUGAAAAAACACAGCAAGCCGAGUUUCAAGUUUGCAAAAAAAGAUAAAUUUAUCAUCACAAAACGUGAUAAGGAUGAAAAGCGUGAAAAAGAAGGAAAGAAAGAAGAGAAGAAACGUGACGAUGCGGCCAAGGAUAAGAAGCGUCUGAAGAAAAAGACGAAGCUUGGUCUGGGGCUUCCUUUAGAGGCCACUACCACUGUUGUUGAUUGCAAGCCGAUCUUCGGAGUUCCACUCCAGGUCGCCGUUGAGAGGAGUCGCUGUCAUGACGGAAUACAGCUGCCCUCUAUAUUCAGGGAAUGUAUCGACUACAUCGAAGAGCAUGGUUUAUCAUGUGAAGGCAUUUACAGAAUCUCUGGCGUAAAAUCAAAGAUCCAGGCGUUAAAGGACAGUUAUAACAAAGGGCGACCAGUUUAUCUUUACGAACAUGAACCAAAUAUUGUGGCCAGUCUUCUUAAGCAGUAUCUACGUGAGCUUCCCGAACCCGUGCUGACCACUGCCCUCAUGCCAAAGUUUGAGGAAGCUUCAACGAUCAAAGACCCUCGGCGGAAGGUGGAUGAGUUCAGUAAACUGGUGAAGGAACUGCCCAUACCCAAUCAGCUUCUCCUCUCAUGGAUGAUUGUCCACAUGUCACAUAUCAUAGCAAGGGCAAAGGAGAACAAGAUGUCGUUACAAAACGUAUCAAUCGUGUUGUCCCCAACAAUGCAGAUAAGUCAUCGUGUGCUCAAUGUGCUCUUCACCUACUGCCUGGAGCUGUUCGCCAGUAACUGUAUCAAAAGAUAUGUCCCGCCCCUGAAGCCUGCCACGUCCAAAUGGUCGCUUGAACUCCCCGACAGCCCUAAUGCCAUUGAAGAGGAGCUAACUAAACAAGAGUCUCUCCUGAACCAACUCCAUGAUGAGAUGUCGCGGGGUUUUCACGACCCUGAGAAAGAGGAGCAGCUGUGGGAGGUACAGAGGGUGGUCACACAGUUAAAGAGAAAGUUAAAAUUUGCGAGAAAGAAAACUCUAGAUUCCGGAAAAGUCACCCGUCAGGGUCAAGGUCAAAGGUUACCGUCUGCUGGGGAUGAAGACAUUGUAUUGAACUUUGACCUCCAGAAACCUGAAGAAAUCCAGGACAAGGAUGUUGGGGAUGCUAAGGCCAAGGACAGUGGUGCUCGGGUCAAGGUUGUGGAGGACGUCAAGGUCACAGAUGGUGCUAAGGACAGAAUAGAAAUAACAGAAGAGACGGAACCUGUUGAAGCCAAAGAAGAGUCUAGUCCAGUUGUCGCCACGGAAACUGUCGCCAAGAAUACAGAAAGUGGGGAGAAGCAGGUUGCUGAUGAACAGAAGGCAGUUGGGGAGGAGGGGGAGGGGGUGGGGCAUGAUCAAGUUGAGGGGGAAAAUGCAAAAGUUGAAGAAGAUGACGAGGCAGUAGAAAGAGACGGUGGUGAUGAAAGAGACGGAGGUGAUGAUGGAGACGGUGGUGAAAGAGGUGAUGAUGGAGCUGUAGAAAGUUCUGAAAUGCGGGAUGUGAGCAGACCGGAAGAUGUUGUAACAGCUGCAGGAGAUGUACUGGCAGAUGCUGGGGCAGAGGAGGGUGAAGCAACUGAGGCUAUUGAGGGGGAGAUGAGGCAGGCUGAGAUUUCAAUUGAGCGAGACAUUGAGGAUGAUGAGGAUGAAGAUGAUGUGGAUGAGGAGGUUGCUGCAGUAACUGCCGAAGCAGUAGAACAGCAGGAGAAGAAGGAGGAGGCAUCACCGGUGCCAGUUCAACAGAAACGCGUCAAAAUCAUCGAACCACCAAAAGAGGAGACACCCGAGGAGGAACCACGUGCCGAUACUGCCACUCCACCGCACACUCUCCCAGUUCAUAAACACCGCCCAGGGUUCGGGCUACAGUCGCCUCUGAAACCAGAGAUCCUCCAUAAGACGGGCCCUCGCAAGCUGAAGCAUCAGGGCCGUAUCGACGAGGAGAAUGCGUCCGGCAGUUUGUCUAAGGAUUCACCUGAUGGCGAAGAGGAGGUGGAAGCAGAAGAAAAUGGUGACCGUGGCUCCAACACGGACGAGCCAGACGAGGAGAUGCAGCAGAUACAACUCGAAUAUCAAACACUCUUGCUUGAGGAGGAGGAGUAUGUUGCUGUUGGUGAUGAACUGAAGAAAAAGAUCACAGCUGAAAGAGAUGAGAUCGAACGUCUUCAGAUGGAGAUAGAGGAGGUACGCUCCAUCCGCGGCGACUCAUUCGAUGCAGAUGAUUGGUCUGAUUCUGACAGCAGCUACGAGAGUGGUGAUGAAGAUGAACUGCAAGAGAUUCUGCAGCAGUUGAUGAAGGAGAAUGCUAAACUCGAGGUCCAAAAUAUGGAACUGUGUCGCAGUAUACAUCAAGAACGAAAGAUUUGCUUGGAUGUGAAAGUCCAAAUCAGGAUCAUCCAGCAACAGGCAGAGCAGUAUGCUGCAGGAUCAGACAGCCUUCUCUAAAUUAACUUGGUCCAGAUAUCUGUACCCAUUUUUCGAGGUUCAUCCUUUUCUUAACUGGACUACAAUACAGCAACUGUCGGAGCAAUAUGGUCGAACAAUUUUCUCUUAUUACUCGGUCUGGAAGAGUUGGACACCUUAUUCGAUAUGAGGUUCUGCUGAUUGGGCCAGAUGACUUGUCCUGGGAAAUCCUUUCAACUGCCUUGGCAGAAAUAAGGAGAGUGGUUGCAAAACGAGAUACCAUUAGCACUUUUCCAAAAUUUCUUAUUCAAAAGGUAAAUUCCAUAAGCCAUCUUGAUUUUUUGGACCAAAACAAGUGUUUUGGGUCUGUUUAAAAUCACUAAAAAAUUUAAUCAACUCGUUUUAAGACCAAACAUUUGAGGUAAAAGUAUGGGAUAAUGGGCAAAUGCAAUGUAUUUCUUAAAUAAACUGAUGUACAAAGA